AAUUUCUUCGCGCUUUUUGAACUGAUCUCCUAGGUCUGCUAACCUCGGCGAACAUUCGGCAGCCGGAAAAAUCUAUGAGUCGCCGUCGAUCGGUUCCCAUCCAGAAUUAGGGUACCACAUAGGGCUUGUAUUGGCAUUUUGUUGCCCUUAGACUGAAAAAAAUGGAAGUUUCUAAAAGUUUCAUUGACAAGAUCAACAGUGAAUUCACUAGUUCCUUGCAUUUCGCUUCCCCCUUACCUGGUUCUCGUACAAACGAAUUUGAUCUGGUGAGAGGUGUGUUACAGAUACUUCAAGGGUUUUCAAGCAGUUUGUUUUACUGGGAGAAGGGGAUCGAGCAGGGUUAUCGUGCGAGAAAGGGGUUAUAUGUUACGCACCUCUCUCAGACAAGUCUUGGUAUGGUCUUAGAUCAAUUUGUUUAUUCAGCAACAUGCUUGAAAUUGGUAGAGCUUACGCUCUGUCAGAUAGAAGAUAUGUCUGGCAGGUCGAGGUCGCCUCCACCUACCUUGAGAGCAUUUGCUUCCUCAGCUUCUGCUUGGCUUAGAAAAUUACGCGAUAUUGCUUUGACAGAGGAACUAAAGAUGAACAACUCUAAUACUGGGACUGCUCCUACCAUUUUGGGAUUGGGAAAUUCUUUAACAAGGCUUUGUGGUGGAGCAGAAUAUUUAUUGCAGAUAGUGCAUGGUGCCAUCCCGAUUGAAGGUGACACGCCUCUCUCAUCUGCUGAAACUGCUGUUCACAUUCUCAACCACCUUUAUGAAAAGCUUAAUGAUGCUUGCCUUGUGCAAGGUGGUGAGGAAGAUUCAUACAGGAUGCUACUCUAUAUCUUUGUUGGAUGUUUAUUGCCAUAUAUUGAGGUUCUUGAUUCCUGGCUUUUUGAGGGAAUACUAGAUGACCCCUUUGAGGAGAUGUUCUUUUAUGCAAACAAAGCGAUUGCUAUAGACGAGGCUGAAUUCUGGGAGAAGAGUUACCUGUUAAGAUCAACACAGCAUAAGAAGCUAAGUGUGGGUCAUGUGAGUGAUUUAUUUCCCUUGACACAGAAAAAGAUGGCUGGAAAAGUAGCAUCAGUUCCAUCAAAAACAAGGGGGCAAAAUGAGUAUGAUCAAGUGGUUUGUCCUUUGUUCUUGAAAGAUAUUGCAAAAGAAAUAAUUUCAGCUGGAAAGUCGUUGCAGCUGAUCCAGCAUAUUCCUAUCACAUCAACACUUGUUGGUAGGCAUCAGGAGAAAGAAGGGUGCAUGACUCAUCAGCUAAGCUUGUCAGAAAUUUUUUGUUUGUCAUUAACAGCUCUGAUUGGUCAUGGUGAUCACAUGUCUGAAAUCUUUUGGAAAAAUGAUAAAAUUGUUUCUGCAACUUCAACGGAGAAAUUAUUAGUAGCAUACUCGGAGAAGAUUUGGCAUAAGUUUUUGGCUGAUGCACUCAACAACGACAUGAAAGUAGAACAGAAUCUAGAUUUGGUUCUUAGCUCCUUUUGUCCUGAAAAUCCCACUAUAACUGUAUGCCAAAAGGUUCUUCAAGCAAAAGCAAAUACCCACGAUUGGAAUUCAUUAAACCUUUCUAAAAACUACAUUCUCCCUCCUUUGAAUGAUGACAAAUUGAGGAAAGCUAUAUUUGGUGGAAUGGGUGAAGAGUUUAUGACAGCUAAAGGAACAAGUUAUGCCUGUGGUUUUCCAUUCGGUGAUUCUCGCUCUCAACAUGGCAUAAAGGUGGUGGAAUCUUUAUUUCCAUUUCCGACUAUCCUUCCGUCCUUUAAGGAGGAGCUUAUGAUGUCGGAGGUUUUACCAUUCCAAAAAAACAGCACCCUUGUGUCAAAAGUCCUUGGCUGGAUUCAAACUGUUGAACCAAAAUCUACUCCACUUCCUGUUGUUAUUUUGAGGGAAUGCCUUACGUUUUAUAUCAAGAAGCAGGUAGAUCAUAUUGGGAAUCAGAUAUUGUCAAAGUUGCUACAUGACUGGAAAUUGAUGGCUGAGCUGGGAGUGCUGCGGGAUGUAUAUUUGUUAGGCUCUGGUGAUCUUCUGCAGCAUUUCUUGACAGUAGUUUUCAAUAAGCUGGACAAAGGAGAAUCAUGGGACGAUGAUUUUGAGUUGAACACAGUGUUACAGGACUCAAUACGGAACUCUGCUGAUGCCACAGUACUAAGCUCACCGGAUUCCUUAGUUGUAUCUUUAACAAAAAGUGAUGGUGAUGCUCAACAAACUACUACAUCAUCAUCAUCAUCAUCAUCAUUUCUUGUCUCGAGUCCCCGUAAAAAUCAUCGUGCACAGGUCUCUGGAAUCAAUGACCUUGACUCCCUUAACUUCACAUACAAGGUCUCGUGGCCUCUUGAACUUAUAGCUAAUGCUGAAACUCUAAAGAAAUACAACCAGGUACAAUUAGGUUGCGUUUAG